AUGGAGUUACCGACGCUGUGCUGGAUGUGGGUCUCCGUCCUGCUCAACGUGCCGCUGCUGACAUGUCUGGAGCUGCACCUCUCGCAGGCGUCGCAGCCCGGCGCCCUCCUGGCCAACGUGUCUCUCCUCGGCCCCGGCUGGGUUUACAAAAUCGACAGGACUUUAUCCCCCGAAUUCAUUCAGAACUUGAUCCAAGUGGAUCGGCACAAGGGGCUGGUCCGCCUGUCCCAAAAGCUGGACUGUGCGCGCACCUUCCUCAACCCGGCGCCCGUCUACUUCAGGACGCUCUCCAGCACGACGGGGGACGUCGUCUUGACGCGUUUCAACGUGUUUGUCCACGGACAAGACUGCUUCAUCAAAUACAAGAGGAAGAAAAGCGCCGGGACGCCCGACGUUCACCUGGAGCGCCUCUGGGCGCUGGAGGCGGCUUCCUGCUUACCCGCAGGUGAGUUGCUCGUGAAUGUGACUCAACUUUUGCCCGCCUGCGCCAAAAGCGCGUCUCUGUCGGACGCCUUCUGCGCCGGUGAAGGUCUAGAUGCGGUUUUCCGAGACGGGACCUUAACGUUGGCCGCCGACCUGUGCCCCCCGCGCGGAGGGCAGGACGAGGCGCGCUUGCGGUGCGCACUGCGCGGCGGCUCGCCGAGGGGCCAGCUCUCCGUGCAUGUGACUCUACGGUUCGGGACGAGGUCUGAUCAAGGCGGAGGGCUCUCGGAGACCGUCCGCGGUAGACGGAAGGACAGGAGGAGGAGAAACGCGAACGCGCCUCCUCUGUUCCAGCUGCCCAACUAUCAGGUGUCCGUCCCGGAGAACGAACCGGCGGGCACGCGCGUCAUUACCCUGAAAGCCACGGAUCCGGACGAGGGGGAGGCGGGCAGGCUGGAGUACGGCAUGGACGCCCUGUUCGACAGUAGGUCCAACGACUUUUUCGUCAUCAACCCCCAGACCGGAAGUAUAACCACCGUCCAGCCGCUGGACAGAGAAGUCAAAGACACCCACGUGUUCAAAGUCAUGGUGACGGACAACGGGUCACCUAAAAGAUCGGCCACCUCUUACCUCACGGUUACCGUGAGUGACACCAACGAUCACAGCCCGGUGUUUGAGCAAACCGAGUACCGGGUCAGCAUCCGGGAGAAUGUGGAAGUGGGCUUUGAGGUGAUGACUAUCCGGGCCACAGAUGGCGACGCGCCUUCCAACGCCAACAUGAUUUAUAAGAUUGUGAACGGCGACGGGGUCAACACGGUGUUCGAGAUCGACCCUCGGAACGGACUGGUUCGGAUCAGAGAGCGGCCAGACAGAGAGACGUGGGCUCAGUACCAGCUCAUUGUCGAAGCCAACGACCAGGGCAAAGACCCAGCACCCCGCAGCGCCACAGCCACCGUCAACAUCUCUGUGGAGGACGAGAACGACAAUUACCCGCAGUUCAGCGAGAAGAGAUACGUGGUUCAGGUUCCAGAAAAUGUGGCGGUCAACACCAAAGUUAUCCAGGUGGAGGCUACGGACAAAGAUGAAGGUAACAAUGCGAAAGUCCACUACAGCAUCAUCAGUGGCAAUGUCAAAGGGCAGUUCUACAUCCAUUCUCCCACCGGUGUGAUUGAUGUCAUAAAUCCGCUGGACUACGAGAUGAUUCGGGAGUACAAUCUGCGAAUUAAGGCUCAGGAUGGUGGCCGACCUCCACUGAUAAACGGCACGGGGAUGGUUGUGGUCCAGGUGGUGGACGUGAACGAUAAUGCCCCUAUGUUUGUCAGCACCCCCUUCCAGGCCACGGUGCUGGAGAAUGUGGCCAUUGGUUACUCCGUCAUCCACAUCCAGGCGAUCGACGCCGAUUCGGGUGAAAAUGCUCGCUUGGAAUACCGGCUCACUGACACCACACCUGGUUUCCCCUUGACCAUCAACAACAGCACUGGCUGGGUUACCGUGAGCGCUGAGCUCGACCGGGAGUCCACCGAGUUUUACACCUUCGGUGUGGAGGCCAGAGAUCUGGGGACACCCAUGAUGUCAUCCUCGGCCAGCGUCAGCAUCACGGUGCUUGACGUGAACGACAAUGUGCCCACGUUUACCGAGAAGGUCUACUCGCUCAAGAUCAACGAGGAUGCUGUCGUGGGCACCAGCGUGCUGACGGUAACGGCUGUGGAUAGGGACGUCAACAGUGUGGUGACCUAUCAGAUCUCCAGUGGUAACACCAGGAACCGCUUUGCCAUCACCAGCCAGAGUGGCGGCGGCCUCAUUACCCUGGCCCUCCCGUUGGACUACAAACAGGAACGCCAGUACGUCUUGACCGUUACUGCGUCAGACGGGACGCGCUAUGACACAGCGCAGGUGUUCAUCAAUGUGACUGAUGCCAACACGCACCGGCCGGUGUUCCAGAGCGCCAACUACCAGGUGAUGAUCAGCGAGGACCAGCCUGUGGGAUCCACCGUGGUGGUGAUUAAUGCCAUGGAUGAGGACACAGGGGAGAACGCCCGCAUCACCUACGUGAUGGAGGAUAAUGUACCACAGUUUAAAAUUGACCCAGAUACGGGCGCCAUCACAACCCAGACAGAGAUCGACUACGAGGACCAGGCCUCCUACACUUUAGCCAUCAUUGCCCGAGACAACGGCAUCCCUCAGAAAUCGGACACCACCUACGUUGAGAUUAUCAUCCUCGAUGCUAAUGAUAACACGCCUCAGUUCCUCAGGGAUAUGUACCAGGGGACUGUAUUUGAGGAUGCGCCUGUCUACACAAGCGUUCUCCAGAUCUCGGCGUCGGACAGAGACGCUGGCUCCAAUGGUCGUUUGAGCUACACUUUCCAGGGCGGAGAUGAUGGAGAGGGGGAUUUCUUCAUAGAACCUUAUUCUGGCAUAAUCCGAACGGCCCGCAAACUGGAUCGGGAGCAUGUUCCCGUGUACAACCUGAAAGCCUUUGCCGUGGAUAAGGGGGUCCCCCCUCUCAAAGCAGCAGUUUCCAUCCACAUAUCGGUGCUGGACAUAAACGACAAUGCCCCGGUGUUUGAAAAAGACGAGCUGUUCAUUGACGUUGAGGAGAAUAGCCCCGUGGGGUCCAUAGUGGCCCGGAUCAGUGCCAAUGAUCCUGAUGAAGGCACCAAUGCUCAGAUCAUGUACCAGAUCGUGGAGGGGAAUGUUCCAGAGGUUUUCCAGCUGGAUAUUUUCAACGGUGACCUCACCGCUCUCACGGACCUGGACUACGAGUCUAGGACAGAGUAUGUCAUCGUGGUUCAGGCCACCUCAGCGCCGCUGGUUAGCCGCGCCACGGUGCACAUUCGCCUGGUGGAUGUAAACGACAACGAGCCGGUGCUGCAGAACUUUGAGAUUAUCUUCAACAACUACGUCACCAACAAAUCCAACAGCUUCCCAUCGGGAGUAAUAGGGAAGGUCCCGGCUCGUGAUCCUGACGUGUCGGAUAAGCUGCAAUACAAGUUUGAGUCUGGCAAUGAGCUCAGUCUUCUGUUGUUGAACGAGGACACAGGGGAGCUGAAGUUGAGCCGUGACCUGGAUAAUGACAGGCCCCUGGAAGCGCCCAUGACCAUCUCUGUCUCAGAUGGUAUUCACAGCGUGGUGGCCUUCUGCACGCUGCGCGUCACCAUCAUCACCGACGACAUGCUGACCAACAGCAUCACGGUGCGCCUGGAGAAUAUGUCCCAGGAGCGUUUUCUCUCCCCGCUGCUCACCCUCUUCCUGGAGGGCGUGGCCGCCGUGCUCUCCACCAAUCGGGAUGCGGUGUUUGUCUUCAACAUUCAGAAUGACACCGACGUGCGGGGAUCCAUCCUCAACGUGACCUUCUCAGCUCUGCAGCCCGGCAGCGCUCCGGGCAGAGGGAGGUACUUCCCCUCUGAGGAGCUGCAGGAGCAGAUCUACCUCAACAGGACUCUCCUCCGGCUCAUAUCCUCACAGCAGGUGCUGCCAUUCGAUGACAACAUCUGCCUGCGGGAGCCCUGUGAGAACUACAUGAAGUGUGUGUCCGUGCUGAAGUUCGACAGCUCCCCUCCCUUCAUCUCCUCUGACACGGUCCUUUUUCGGCCCAUCCAUCCCAUCAACGGGCUUCGCUGCCGCUGCCCGGCAGGUUUCACCGGGGACUACUGCGAGACGGAGAUCGAUCUGUGCUACUCGGGACCGUGUAGGAACAACGGCAAGUGCCGCAGCCGAGAGGGAGGUUACACCUGCGAGUGUCUGGAGGACUUCACUGGUGAGCACUGUGAGGUGAACGCGCAGUCGGGCCGGUGCGUCCCGGGUGUGUGUAAGAACGGCGGGGAGUGUGUGGACCUGCUGGUGGGGGGCUUCAGGUGCCACUGUCCCCCGGGGGAGUACGAGAAACCCUACUGUGAGAUGACCACCCGCAGCUUCCCCGGCCAGUCCUUUAUCACCUUCCGGGGCUUGAGACAGAGGUUCCACUUCACCGUCUCCUUCGUCUUUGCCACCAGAGAGAGAAAUGCCCUGCUCCUCUACAACGGCAGGUUCAAUGAGAAACACGAUUUCAUCGCCCUGGAGAUCAUCAAUGAGCAGAUCCAGCUCACCUUCUCUGGAGGAGAGACGAAGACCACGGUGUCUCCCUUCGUCCCCGGCGGGGUCAGUGAUGGCCAGUGGCACUCUGUCCAGCUCCACUACUACAACAAGGAUGGGGAGAGCCUGCUGGACUCCAGUGGGGCUCUGCGCCUCCCGCUCUAUACUGCCUGGCUGGAGCUCAAUCAGAAGGAGCCUAAUAUCGGGCGUCUUGGCAUCCCCCAUGGACCCUCCGGAGAAAAGGUUGCCGUGGUCGCCGUGGACGACUGUGACAUCUCCAUGGCGAUUCGCUUUGGUAGCCAGAUCGGCAACUACUCCUGUGCUGCCCAGGGCACGCAGACAGGACAGAAGAAAUCAUUGGACCUGACCGGACCACUGUUGCUAGGCGGAGUUCCCAACCUGCCCGAGGACUUUCCAGUUAGGAACAGAGACUUUGUGGGCUGCAUGAGAAACCUCACCAUUGACAGCAAGCCCAUUGACAUGGCUAGCUUCAUUGCUAACAAUGGCACUAUGCCAGGUUGUCCUGCCAAGAAGAACUUCUGCAUGAAGGACGUGUGUCAGAAUGGAGGAGUGUGCCUCAACAAGUGGAACACAUACAGUUGUGACUGCCCAACUGGCUACGGAGGCAAGAACUGUGAACAAGUGAUGCCCUCCCCCCAGUUUUUUGAUGGCCAGGCGCUGGUCUCAUGGAGUGAGCUGGACGUGACCAUCGCCGUGCCCUGGUACAUAGGCUUCCUGUUCCGCACCCGGCAGCCUGCCGGUACCCUCAUGCAGGCCAAUGCGGGAAAAUCAUCAACCAUCAACCUAUUGGUGAGCGAGCAGCAGGUCCGUAUGGACGUGUUGCUGAAGAAGGAGCUGUUGGCGUCGCUGGCAUUCCCCCAGGUCAGGGUCAACGAUGGGGAGUGGCACCACCUACUGGUAGAGUUGAGCAGCGUUAAAGACGGCAAGGACAAAUACAUGGUCACCCUGUCCCUUGACUACGGCAUGUACGAGAAUUCAGUGGAGAUUGGUAACGAUCUUCCAGGUCUGAAACUAAGGACCCUUUACGUGGGCGGUUUACCUGGUGAGGGCAACCGUGAGGAGGGCUUCGCUGGCUGCAUUCAGGGUGUCCGUAUGGGCGAGACGUCCACCAAUGUGGCCAACGUGAACAUGGCUCAGGGCUGGAAGAUCCGUGUGGAGGCCGGCUGCGACCCGGGACCCUGCGACUCCAACAUCUGCCCCGAAAACAGCCACUGCAGUGACGACUGGAGCACACACUGCGUCUGCGACCCGGGCUACUUUGGUAAGGAGUGUGUGGACGCUUGUCAGCUUAACCCAUGUGAGCAUGUGUCCACCUGCGUCCGCAAACCCAGCUCCUCUCACGGCUACACCUGUGAAUGUGGGCAGAGCUACUAUGGCCAGUAUUGUGAAAACAAGGUGGAGAAGCCGUGUCCCAGGGGCUGGUGGGGGACUCCUAUGUGUGGCCCCUGUAACUGUGACGUCAGCAGAGGAUUUCACCCCGACUGCAACAAGACCACAGGAGAGUGUCGCUGCAAGGAUAACUAUUACCGUCCAGAGGGGAGGACACCUGCUACCCUGCGAGUGUUUCCACGUGGGCUCGAGUUUCGAACCUGCAACCCUCACACCGGCCAGUGCCCCUGCAAGUGCGGGGUCAUAGGUCGCCAGUGUACGUGUGACAACCCCUUCGCUGAAGUCACCGCCACUGGCUGUGAAGUGGUUUACGAGGGUUGCCCGAAAGCAUUUGAUGCGGGCAUCUGGUGGCCGAAGACAAAGUUUGGACGCCCUGCUGCCAUGAACUGCCCCAAAGGAUCCAUCGGCACUGCCAUCCGCCAUUGCAGCGAUGAGAAGGGCUGGCUGCCACCCGAGCUCUUCAACUGCACCACCGUCACCUUUUCCGACCUGAAGAAACUGAACGAGGACCUGCGUCGCAACGAUUCGAGGAUGAACGGGGAACACUCCAAGGCCAUCGUGCGCCUCCUGUACAGCGCCACCAGUAACACUCAGCAUUUCUACGGCAACGACGUGAAGACCGCCGCCCAGCUACUGAACAGGGUGCUCCAGUAUGAGAGCCGGCAGGCCGGGUUCGACCUCACCGCCAUGCGGGACGCCGAGUUCAACGAGAACUUGAUACGAGCGGGCAGUGCCAUCUUGGACCCUGACACCAAAGAGCACUGGGAACAGAUCCAGAGGACGGAGGGUGGCACUGCUCACCUGCUGCGCAGCUUCGAGGAGUACGCCAACACGCUGGCACAGAACGUGAGGAAGACCUACCUGAAGCCGUUCACCAUUGUCACCGACAACAUGAUCGUGUCGGUGGACUACCUGGAUGUGUCGGACCCAGACAGGGCUGCGUUCCCUCGGUUUCAAGAUAUCCAGGAGGCCUACCCCAGAGAUCUCAGAUCAUCCAUCCGCUUCCCCCAGUUCAACCCCCGGCCUCAGGGGCACAGAGUUGAGCCCAGUCCCACUCCUUCAGCCCAGACGGAGCCCCCAGAAGAGGAGGAGCACACGGCGUCUAACAGGAUACGCCGUCACGCGGAGCCCUCCGCUCCCCUGCCAGUGACCGUGGUGAUAGUGUACCGGUCCCUGGGUCAGCUCCUCCCAGAGAGAUACGACCCCGACCGCCGGAGCCUCAGGGUUCCCAACCGGCCGGUGAUCAACACUGCCAUAGUCAGCGCCACAGUGCACAAUGAAGACCGUCCCCUGCCUCACGUCCUUGACCCCCCCAUCACCCUGGAAUACACCCUGCUGGAGACGGAGGAGAGGACCAAGCCCGUCUGCGUUUUCUGGAACCACUCCAUUGCUAUCGGAGGAACAGGUGGCUGGUCAUCAAAGGGCUGCGAGGUGCUCAACAGGAACAACAGCCACAUCAGCUGUCAGUGUAACCACAUGACCAGCUUCGCCGUGCUCAUGGACAUCUCCAAGAGAGAGCAUGGUGACGUACUCCCUCUGAAGAUCGUCACCUACACCACGGUGUCGGCCUCCCUGUUCCUCCUCCUCCUCACCUUCUUCCUCCUGUGCCUCCUGCGGCGGCUGCGUUCCAACCUCCACGCCAUCCACAGGAACCUAGUGGCGGCCCUCUUCUUCUCCGAACUCAUCUUCCUCCUCGGCAUCAACCAGACCGACAACCCGUUUGUGUGCACGGUGAUCGCCAUUCUGCUGCAUUACUUCUACAUGUGCACGUUUGCCUGGAUGUUCGUGGAGGGGCUGCACAUUUACCGCAUGCUGACCGAGCUGCGCAACAUCAACCACGGCCACAUGAGGUUUUACUACGCCAUGGGCUGGGGCAUACCGGCUAUUAUCACUGGUCUGGCAGUUGGCCUGGAUCCUCAGGGAUAUGGGAACCCAGAUUUCUGCUGGCUUUCUGUCCAUGACACGCUCAUCUGGAGCUUCGCAGGACCCAUCUCCGUAGUCGUCCUGGUGAACAUCGUCAUCUUCAUAUUGGCUGCGAAGGCCUCUUGUGGUCGCAGACAGAAGGCAUUUGAGAAGUCAGGGGCUAUCCAUGCACUGCGGAUGGCCUUCCUGUUGAUGUUGCUCAUCAGCGCCACCUGGUUGCUGGGUCUGAUGGCAGUCAACAGUGACGUUAUGACUUCCCACUACCUGUUUGCUGUUUUCAGCUGUCUGCAGGGAGUGUUCAUCUUUUUCUUCCACGUGAUCUUCAACAAAGAGGUGAGGAAGAACCUGAAGAAUGUCUUCACUGGAAAGAAGAGCUUACCAGACGAGUCCAGCACCACCAGGGCUUCUCUGCUCACGCGCUCACUGAACUGCAAUAACACGUACACAGAGGACGGGCCGCUGUACCGGUCGGCCAUCGGGGAGUCCACCGUCUCUCUGGAAAGCACUCUCAGGUCAGGCAAGAGCCGCAGCAGCUACCUGGCUUACACACUCAGGGAUGACACUGGUCAGAAGCCCAGUGUGUCUUCAGGAGCAGCUAAAGGACACACAGACCUGGACAGCCCUCUCUUCCAUAGGAACGGCAACAAAGGAGAUGACUCGGACACCGACAGUGAGUUGUCGGCGGAUGAGAACAGCUCAUCCUACGCCUCCUCCCACUCCUCUGACAGCGAGGAUGACGACAUCGACAUCAAACCCAAGUGGAACAACGAGAGGCAGCCUGUGCACAGCACACCCAAAGUGGACUCUGUGUCCAAUCACGUGAGGCCUUACUGGCCGGUGGAGGCCACCACUGCCAGUGACAGCGAGGAUCCAGGUGGGGUAGAGAGGCUGAGGGUAGAGACCAAAGUUAAUGUAGAGCUGCACCCAGAGAAUAAACUCAACCAGAUGGGGGAGAAAGACAGGGAGACUCCUCAGGAGCGAGACAGAGAAAUGCCGUCCAAUGCAAAUGAAGCAGCGCCUCCUAGCCAAGCCAACAGCAACACCAACCACCAGCCGGAGCAGAGAAAAGGUAUUUUAAAGAACAAGAUCAGCUACCCUCCCCCACUGACCGACAAGAACAUGAAGAACCGGCUAAGGGAGAAGCUGAGCGACUACAACUCACCCACCAUCACCUCAUCGCCUCCCAACAACCACAACGCCACCACACCCACUUCCCCCCCUCCCUCCUCCAUCAACAUCAUGACCCCUUCAUGCCGGCCUCCCUCGCUGGCCUCCAACGAUGGGGUCCGGCCCGCUAACCAUGGCAACAGCUCGGUCAUCAAGCCGCCCGUAGCCCCACGGCCGCAGGUCUCCAUUCCAGCCUCGACCGCCGUCUACCGGGAGACCAACGGCAGCGUGGCCAUGCACCUGAAGUCAGGCACAGUCAACGGAAGCAACGAGUCCGACUCCGAGAAAACCCAGACCAGCCUGCCCUUGUGA